CUUCUCCUCUGCUGCCCAAGCGCUAUGGUGCAGGGAUAACUGCCGUCUUCAGUCAAACCCAAGCAGGCUCCACAGAGAGAAGGCUGGCUCUAGACAGGUGGUAUGCGUACACAAGUCGAGUUAAAACUGGCCGACUGCUGCUUGUGAUUCUUUUCUUUUUUUAACUUGUUAAAUUUUAUUUGUGCAUUUUUCAGAUAAGUCUGUGUUACUGUCAGGAUGCUUUGUUCCCAUUUUAUGUCCUUUAAAAAACCCACAGACUUUUAUUAAACUUGGGUUUAAAAUCUUUGUGGGGUUGGGUUUUUAAAAACUUAAUUCUUACUUGAAAGCAUAAGCAUUGCAAUAAGAAGAUAUGUUACUUCAUAGCACCUCAGAUUUUUUCUGUUGUACUUUUUAAACUGUGUGUUUUGGGGUCCUGCACAUAUCUACUGAUGUAUAUCCAGUAAAACUUCGGAUGUAUUUCUGCAGCGGGUUUCUUCCUCCAUGCAUCAUAACAAAUGCUUUUGGAACUUGGAUUAUAUUGUGAGAAACUGCAGUUCAGUGUGGGGAAAUAUAUACAGGACCACCCAGGCAGUCCCUUUGGUUGCACCUAAAAUAGGACUUUCAAGGUCCCUGAAACACUUUUAAAGAACGAUGUAAGCCUUUAAAGGGCUGGCCUACUCUUCAAAAUCCCAGCUCAUCUGGGUUAGUCUAAAUGGCAAUGAAAACAUUUUGGAUCCAGUUAACCAUAGUAUUUUUUCAAAACCUGCUAACUGAAGACUGAAAAUCAUUGCUACCCAAACCCAGAGUCCCCAUAUUCUUCAGCUGCUUUGGUUUUGAACAAAUUGUGUAGGAAUUAUGUGCAUAGCCUGAUUUGGUAUAGUGACAUUGGUCACAUAUUAAUUUGCACCUUUAUGACAGGCACAAACCAUAGGCCCAUUCCAUUUUACAACUGUUUAAACUUUGUUCUGGGUUUUGUCCACUGUGCAUUUUGGUGUGUUGUAAGGAAUUAUCCUUCAGAUUUUCAUUUUAAGGUCACAGAAAUGCGUGAAAUGUUCUGGCUGGGCUUUGUGCAAUAUUUUUACAGUGCAAUAUUUUUUACAGUUGCCUCAUUCUGUGAACAUUUGUGUUGAGAAACCUUGUUACAGUGGGGCAGUCUGGAAGCGGCCCAAUGACAACCCAUUGAAGAACUUUGGUCCUUCAGCAGUGACAAUACCAGACACCUGGACUGAAUAUCUGUGGCGCUCUCUUGCUCUCUCUAAAAGCGAUUUGUGUGUCGGAUACUUUCCUGAGUGGAGACUGGUCACUCCAAAAGAAGAUUGCAACAGAAGAUUCUGAAUGCUUGGGAAAAGCCCCGUUCCUUCGACAAAGAACUUCUAGCCGGACCUGUGACUUCAGACUGAACUACAUGAAUGACAGUCUGCGGACAGAUGUCUUUGUAAGGUUCCACCCCGAGAGCAUCGCUUGCGCCUGCAUCUACCUUGCUGCUAGGACCCUGGAGAUUCCGCUUCCAAACCGCCCUCACUGGUUCCUGCUGUUUGGAGCUACGGAAGAGGAAAUCCAGGAGAUAUGCACGAAAAUUUUGCAAUUAUACACACGUAAAAAGGUUGAUCUAGCUAUCCUGGAAAGCCGAGUAGAGAAGAAAAAGCUUGCCAUCGAAGAGGCAAAAGCGCAAGCCAAAGGCCUCUUACCAGAUGGAACACCCAAUUUGGAUACAGUGUCGGGAUUUUCUCCUGCUCCCAAAACCGAGUCUCCAAAGGAAAAUAAAGGCACCAAGCCUUCCCCACUUGCUGUGCAGGUGGUAAAAAACGCCAAGCGGAAAAUGGAAGCGACGAAACGGAUGAAAUCCAACAGUCCCGUCAAUGGCGUUCAGAAAGGCCGAGACAGCAGGAGUCGGAGUGGAAGUAGAGACCAGAGUUAUUCCAGGUCUCCUUCAAGGUCACCAUCUCCAAAGCAGAGGAAGAGUGAGAGCUAUUCCCCAUCGAGCGGCUCCAAAUCCCACAGCCGCUCGAGGAGCCGAAGUGACUCUCCCCCGCGGCAGUUCAACCAUGGCAGCUCGAGCUACAAAGCCUCCAAGAUGAGGAGCUACAAGAAGGCCAAGGGGUACAAAUACACCUCUCCCAAGCAGCGGAAAUCCCGCAGCAGGAGCUCGUCGCGGUCCCGGAGCCGCUCGCGAGAACGCUCGGACCACUCUGGGAAGUACAAGAAGAAGAGCCACUACUACAGGGAUCAGAGGCCCGAGCGGCCCCACUCCUAUGAGAGGCCAGGCCACCGCUAUGAGAGGGAGCACCCAGGCCACAGCCGGCAUCGCAGAUGAGCAGGACCAGAGAACAGACUACACGAGCUCUUGCUCUGUCUUCCGGGGGCUCACAGACUUAAAACUCUUGGUGCCUGCUUGGUGCAAGGAAGGAUAGUUAGAAGGACUUAAUUGUGACAUGUCCCAUUUACUAUGGUUGGGGUUUUUUUUGGAGGGGCGGGUGUCUUUUGAGUCUCAUAAUGUGGGAGAGCCUCCCUCUCUUCCUGGAUCAUCUGUCUGUGUUCGACAGGCGAUGCUUCUUUGCUGCUACAGAAGCAGGACUGUUUCCAAAUAAUAUUGGACUCUGUGGAGAGAAUUGCCUUAUGAGGCUGGUCAGAGUGUUCAGACAUUGCCCUUCCCAGCCCCAAAGGAUUUUGGACACUCAGACCAUACAGCGUUGCUUGGUGCUAACAGCAGUCCUUGUUCGUUUAUUUCGCAGUGGACUUGAUUGCGUUGUAGAACACAAGGUUAAUUUUUUUUUAAAUUUUAUAAGAAUCAAUGCCUAUAUUAGGCGGCCUUUUUGUGUGUGUAUAUAUCUGGUGUUGGAACAGUAAGGACAGAGAAAGGCCUUAACCUGUUGAAUUUCACCCACAAAGUGCAAAUGCAUUGAAUUAAAUGGGGGGGGGCUUUGUAACCUGCAUACUGAAUAUUGAGAAAUUUAAAUUCCUCAACUAAAGACUUCUCCUCACCCCCUUCUUUCUUUUUGCAUAAAGAACUCUGUGGAAAUGUGAAAGUAUUUAGAUUCAGUGUGUUGGAAGUUGUCUAUUUUUUAAAACGUGGUGAAAUGCCUGGUGCUGGCCACCAGCUCAGGACUUCGGAUGCUUUCAUAUAAUAUAACGUUUUAUGUGGUUUAGAUAAACUCUCUACUCAGGAUCUUUAAAAACUCUUGAAGAACUGAUAGUUUGCCCUCCCGUUGCUUGCUUAUAAGAAGGUGUUUAUAUUAAGAGAGAAAUUGUAUGCAGCGCAGGAAUAUCCGUUUUAGUGGUAUAUCUGAGCUGUCUUCCUGUUCCCAGAUUUUCAUUAAAGUAUUUGAUUUUA